AUGGCACCACCUUGUCAACGCGCUCGUACGCCGGAGACACCAACCAAUGAGCAGCUAGCCCAGAACCUGCAACAGCUCACUCAGACUAUGCAAACCCUAAGUGAAGCUCUGCUGCAUAACAAUCAUCCUGCUCCACCGCCGCAGCCUGCCGGGUAUAGAGAUGUGGGACGUCUCGCCUCUGGCCAUAGACCACCGAUGUUUGCCGGUGAGGAAGACCCCGUCGUGCUCGAGGAGUGGGUACGAACCUUCUACAAGAUCUUCUCCGUUGUUGGGUGCCCCGAGGAGCGCCGAGUGGAGUUAGCAUCCUUCUACUUCAGUCAUGAAGCUGACUUGUGGUGGGUGCACGAGGGACCCGCAUGCCUAGAGGAGCCCGACUUCGACUGGACAGCUUUGAUGGACUGGAUGCGAGAGCGGUUCUACCCGGCACAUGUCCGAGCUGCUAUGUACGAGGAGUUUUUACACCGCCAGCAGGGUUCAUCGUCUGUGGUGGAGUACCAAAAGAGGUUUUUGAAGCUCGCUCGUUUCGCUAGGAUGCUAGUCCCCACUGAGCUCGCGAAAGUUGAAAAGUUCGUGGCCGGAUUCAACUACGAGGCUCGUAAGGCUUUGACCGUGAGCAAGCCGAGGACCUUGAAGGAGGCUUACUUGAGUGCUGCUGACUUAUACCGGGUACAACAGUUGCAGCGGGGAUCGUUUGAGCUUGCUAAGAAGAGGAAUGAAAGCGGUGGAUCUUCCAACUUCAAGAAGCCAAGACAGGACUUCCGAGCCAAGACCGCACCUUCCCCACCUCAAGGAUCAACCCAAGUGGAGUCCGGAGAUCGAGCAAAGACGUUCGCAUGCCGAAAGUGUGGAAAGGAGCAUGUGGGAAAAGAUUGCCAAGGACAAUCUCUUCGAUGCUACAAAUGCGGGUAG